CGCCACGCUGCGAGCUUUGUUGAGUACGCGUCUGCUCCGAGGUGCCUUUUUCUCCUUUCGUCUCUGCUUCUCCUCUGUUUUCGCCCGUAUCUCUAUUUGAUCAUCUCCGUCUUCCUAUUGCACCAUAUUCUCUCUUUCACUUUCUAACUCUCUUUUCUUCUCUGGAUCUCAUCUCAUUCCGAUCGAGUCAUCGUUCUUUAAGAAAGAUAAUGCAGUUCUCUUAAAGGAGCAACGAGAUUUCUGUUCAACUCACCAGCUAAAGGAAAGCAAACUCGCGAAUCAGGAUUUGUUUGAUAUAUCUCCAUGGUGAAGGAGCGAAAGAAAAAGACAAAGCGCUGUGUGGAUGGAAGAGAAAGAUAAUCGCAAAAUUGACUUGGAGGUUCGAAAAUCUUUGGAGUUUGCCCCACCGCGAUUCAUCGAGAGCUUGGACUCGCGUGCGACGGCUCAGCGGAUCUUGACAAUUUUCUCACAUUGCGAAUGUGCCGAUAAGAACUCGUUCCUGAAAUCACAGCGAACUUGUAAUGAAUCGCUCUCAUGUACGAGCAAACGAAUGUCAAAUGAGCGAAUAUGUCGCGAUUUCACGUAAAGAGGAAUCAUGACCGUGGAAAAAGGACGUUAGAAUGUAUAAUCGACGACUAUCACACUAUUGUGCGGCUUCGCUCAAAUGCGGAAACGAGCUCUUUCGAUCACGUCGGCUUCCGUUUAUGCCUAAUAAUUAAUCUAAGACUACGGAAGAAAAUUCAUACAAUACUGUAUGUAUGAAUAUUUUUCAUCGAGGAAUAUAUAUCCACGAAGAGGCAAGAAAAGGGGCGCGAGAACCGUGACAGCCUCAAAGAUCGACGCAUCCGGAGAUGUUCCUCGAGGGCUGCGCGGUCCAGGGCUGGAAGACUCACUUGCGUAAAAGGAUGUAUGUGCUGUCGAUAUGUGACUCGAUACGAGGGAGUCCUGUGAGAACGUGCUACGUCAAGUGCUUGACGCUUGACAGAACCAAUUUUGCUGGAAAUUGCGAGGGAUUGCAAGUGGAGAUCCGAAAACUUAUGUGAGUUUUCUAUGACAUACGUACCUACACACAUCACAACUAUUUCGAUAA